GCCUGAGCUAUGCAGAAUAGUUUUCCGUAAACGAAAAUCAAAGAAUUCUAAGAACUGAAAACUAACCGAAGUAAAACAGGAGAGAGCUCUCAUAUGGAGCCAAAUCCUUGCCUUUAUACCAAAAUCGUCCUCGAACCCCAAGAAAAACAGGAGAGAGCUUUCAAAUGAAGAUGAAGAGGAUAACCACAAGACCUCCAUCUCCAGGUAAUCUUCCUUCUUUCUUUUUUACCAGUCUGCAGAAUACAAGUAGGGGAUUUCAUUCCAAUGCUGUUCAUGCUAAUCCUACUUGUAAGGAUAGAAUUAAACAAACCCAUUUGGUGCCGGAGAGUACGAUCCAAACUCGAUGCAAAUCUGGAAAAAUUAGGAAAGAUGAAGCAUUGGGUUACUUUAAUUCUAUGAUUCAAACCAAACCCUUGCCCUCGAUUUGGACUUUCAAUUGUUUGUUUGGGGCACUCUCCAAGAUGAAGCAAUAUUCUGCUGUGGUUUCUAUGUGUAAACAGUUGAUGGAUUGCACUCAAUUCCGACCUGAGGUAGGUACAAUGAAUAUUUUUCUGAAUUGCUUGUGCCGGCUGAAUCGGGUGAACGCUUGUUUCUCUGUUUUAGCAAUUACCCUUAAAUAUGGUCUUAAGCCCGAUGCAUGUUCUAUAAAUACUUUGCUUCACGGGCUUUGGAAGUACAGUUCCCUGGCCGAGGCAAUGGAGUUCUUCCAGGAAAUAGAAACGAAAGGAUACAAAUGCAAUGAAAUCACUUGUGCUACCAUGAUCAAUGGACUAUGCAAAGCUGGGAAAACUUCUAAGGCGCUCGAGAUACUUACGAAGAUGUGGGAAGGUGGAAGGUUCAACCCCAACCAAGAAUGCUAUAAUCCAAUCAUCGAUAGCCUCUGUAAAGAAAGACGAAUAGACGAGGCCUUGACCCUAUUUCGAUAUGAUCAGCAAGAGUGUUGUACCAAAUAUUUUCAAUUAUACCACAUUGAUUCAUGGGUUAUGCAACACAAGUCGCUGGGAAGAAGUGCUCUCUCUUUUUGAAGGAAUGGUAGAUCAAGGAGUCAAGCCUAAUGU